AUGGCAAGUCCUCGUGGAGUGAACGUUGGAAGAAACAACAACAACAACAACAACAAAGAUAUUGAAGGACAAAGUUCGCGGUUUUGGUGGAAACUAAGGUUUUUGUUAGGUUGCAUGGCUCUACGGUUUAAAGCUGAAGAAGAAGGCUCCUCUAGUAGAGAUAAGAAAAAAGAUGAAGAAACCAGAUCAACAAUAACCAAUUCCAAUACUAGAGAGAACCCAGUUGCUUCUCAUGUAUCCCCAAGAAACAAUAAUCCAAGAAGAGCAAGAUCAUCUCCCAAGUUAAAAGGAAUUGCUACAUCCUCUUCAAGCUUAAGCGAGGAGCUAAGUGCUUAUUCCAAUCUGCACAAGUUCUCCUUCUAUGAGCUCAAGGUGGCAACAAGCAAUUUCAAACCUCAAAAUUUGCUUGGCGAGGGUGGAUUUGGUUGUGUCUACAAAGGCUGGAUCAAAGAGAAUGAGAGCUCUUCACCAAGACCACUUCCAGUUGCUGUGAAGACUCAUAACCAGAAUGGACUUCAGGGUCAUAGGGAAUGGCUUGCGGAAGUGAAUUAUCUUGGGGAACUUCGUCAUCCAAAUCUGGUUAAAUUGGUUGGUUAUUGCAUUGAGGAUGAUAAAAGGCUAUUAGUAUAUGAGUUCAUGCCUCGGGGAAGCUUGGAGAGUCAUUUGUUUAAGAGAUCUGUGUGCCUUCCUUGGAAUCACAGAAUGAAAAUUAUGCUUGGUGCUGCUAAGGGACUUGCAUUUCUGCAUGAGGAAGCUGAGAGGCCAGUGAUAUUUCGAGACUUCAAAACAUCUAAUAUUCUAUUGGAUGGGGAAUACAAUGCAAAACUUUCUGAUUUUGGCCUUGCUAAAGAUGCUCCAGAGGGAGACUUAACUCAUGUUUCAACUCGAGUUAUGGGAACAUAUGGCUAUGCAGCCCCUGAGUAUGUGAUGACAGGACAUCUCACUUCCAAGAGUGAUGUCUAUAGCUUUGGGGUGGUUCUACUUGAAAUGUUGACUGGGAAAAAAGCUAUGGACAAAACAAGGCCCAGAGGGGAGCAUCACUUGGUGGAAUGGGCAAGGCCACUGCUAAACAAAAGAAACUAUUUCCAAUUGAUUGACCCUAAACUACAAGUUCAUUUUUCACAAAAGGGAGCAUAUAUGGUAAUGAAGUUGGCAUCUCAUUGCCUUGUUGGAGACCCAAAAACAAGACCCUUAAUGAGUGAAGUUGUUAGAGUGUUGAAGUCUUUGCCUCCUUACAAAAACAUGGCUUCUACUUCUCAACUCCCACUUCAAGGUUUCCAUGUAGGACCCUCAAACCAUGGAGCUAACAAGUAUGGUUUGAGAACUGCUUCAACUUCAAGGAACAUCCCUAGUCGCUUUCAAGCCUCCCCUUGCGACUUGAAGUAUCCCCUUCCUCCACCCCAAACCUUGUGA